AUGUACCACAGCGUCACUCCUCAGACCAUGGACCAAUGGACCAACUACUCCACCGAUAACUACCAAGAAAUGAUCCAGAGAGCCCACUGGAUUCAAAAGGGAAACCUCGAUCGUCUCAACAAUGACACUUCCUACUACAAGCCGUACAUCUCCAGAAAGACCAAAGAAGGAUACUUCCAUGACAUUGAACGCGAGCAGUACUGGCCAAGCUGGCAAUUCUCCCCUCCGCAGUACACAUACGGCAUCACCAAUUGGAAUGUAUACUCCGUACCUCCUGUUGGAUCCUCCAUUGAUGCCAUGCUCCAACUCCAAUACGAGACUACCUUUUCCGAGGUCAUGCCAUACAGGAGCAUCGACCUAGUCAUGACCAAGCAAGAACACGCAGCAUUGCACAGUCGUGUCACAGAUUCGGCACCCGAUCAUCCACAUGUCCUGGUGCAGCAUCCUGUGCAUCGUGACCCCACAGACUAUGACUCGGACAUCGUGGCUCUCUUUUCUUGUGGACUGGCAUUGGAUGUGUCCUUGCUGAAUCUACUCCCAGAAGGAGUCGAAGGAAUCCAUUGUGUCAUCAAGAACAACGUCAACCAAACCUUUACAUACGUCAUCAAUGGACAAGAAGCAAUCUUCUUGGGGGAAGGCGACCAACACGAGACGGACUUUUCAGAUAUGGAAAUGGAGGUGGAUCUCGCACUUCAUACCAAUCCCAAGUGGGAGACUACCAAGGGCGUGGUUUCCUACAGCAUGCAUUUGUAUCCAAGUGCAACGUUCAAAUCCAGUUACGAUUCCAACACUCCAGAAUUUUUUGCCACUAUAGUUGCCAUUACCUUUGUCGUGGUUGCUGUGGUGUUCUUUGUCUACGAUGUGGCUGUGUUCAACAGAAAUGAAAACCUCGUGGUGAAAGCUGCCCAAUCCAUUGCCAUUGUGUCAGCCGUAUUCCCAGACAACAUUCGAGACCGUCUCAUGGGCCAACAGGACGAUCAGAACAGUUUGAAUAGAUCGUCCAAGGGAAAUCUAAAAGCAUUCUUGAACAACGGAACUGGAAUGUCAGGGGACUGCAAUCAGAAACCAUUGGCAGACUUGUUCUUGGAUACAACUGUAAUGUUCGCCGACAUCAGUGGCUUCACUGCUUGGAGUUCCGUUCGUGAGCCAAGCCAGGUGUUCCUCCUCCUUGAGACUCUUUAUCAGAGCUUUGACCGAAUCGCCAAGCGCAGGCGUGUUUUCAAGGUCGAGACGGUUGGAGACUGCUAUGUUGCAGUAUGUGGUCUUCCAGAACCUCGCGAGGACCAUGCAGUGGCUAUGGCUCGGUGCAGUAGAGACAUCCUUGCAAGGAUGAAUAUUUUGACCCGCGAGCUGGAGACAACUCUGGGUCCAGAAACUGGUGAUCUUGCUUUGAGGGUGGGCAUCCAUUCAGGCCCGGUGACGGCUGGCGUGCUCCGUGGAGAUAGAGCCAGGUUCCAGUUAUUCGGUGACACAAUGAAUGUUUGCUCGAGGCUGGAGUCGACGAGUAGAAGAGGCCGGAUCCAUUGUAGUUGGGAAACAGCUCAACACAUCAUUGAUGCGGGAAAGGAGAAAUGGCUGGAAAAGCGUCAAGACUUGACCGAAAUCAAAGGCAAAGGAUUCAUUGAGAGCUAUUUUGUGAAUGUGGAUGCUGAAAGGGCGGUCAGUGUUGCUUCUCGCACGAGCCUCGAGGUAAUCCAAAACAAUGUCCGCAGUAGCGGCGCUGCAAAGAUCUGGAAGCCUGUGGUUGGCCUCGACGGGAGAACCAACCGACUGAUUGACUGGAAUGUGCAACAACUUCUGCAGCUAUUGAAGCCUGUGGUUGCAAGUCGAUGCUCUCGUACAAAAAAAUCUGUUUCGAAGCGUCCAUUAGCUUCAGGAUUCCUCGAAUUGCGGAGCCGACCGCUGGAUGAAGUUAAGGAAAUCAUUAGAUUGCCAGAGUGGUCCCAGGCGUCUACUCAACAAGACCCUAGCGAGGUUGAAAUCCCACCUGAUGUUGUCCUUCAGCUUCACCUGCUCGUGGGCGAGAUUGCCAAGAUGUACAAUAAAAACCCUUUCCACAACUUUGACCAUGCCAGUCAUGUCGUGUUGAGUGUGACAAAGCUCAUGAGUCGUAUUGUGGCUCCGUCUGAUUUGGAGGAUAUCGAAAGCCAUUGCGAGGCUGCUGCUCAGCUUCACGACCAUACAUAUGGCAUCACCAGCUCCCCUUUGACACUCUUCUCCUGUGCCUUUUCUGCUUUGAUCCACGAUGUUGAUCAUGUUGGUGUUAGCAAUGUACAAUUGGUCAAGGAAGGCGUUUCCAUUGCUGCCAAGUACAAGAAUAGGAGUGUCGCUGAACAGAACUCAUUGGAUCUGAGCUGGGAUCUGCUGAUGGAGCCCCGCUUUGAGAUAUUGCGAUCUUUCCUUUUCCCGAAGCAGGAGGAUAUGGUCCACUUUCGGCAGCUGGUGGUUAAUUCGGUCAUGGCGACCGACAUUGUAGAUAAGGAGUUGAAAGAACUACGCCAUGCACGAUGGGAAAAGGCCUUCAAUACUGGUGAUGCUGCUGGAGCUAUUUCCGGGAAGCAACCUCAAGAGCAUCAAAGAGACGCGGUCAACCGCAAGGCAACCAUUGUGAUUGAACACAUCAUUCAGGCCUCCGACAUCAGUCACACCAUGCAACACUGGCAUGUGUACAGGAAAUGGAACCAAAAGUUAUUUGAAGAACUUUACUUGGCUUACCUCAAUGGCAGAAUGGAAAAGGACCCAAGUGAAUUCUGGUUCCAGGGGGAGUUCGGCUUCUUUGAUUACUAUAUCAUUCCUCUUACACGAAAACUGAAGGAGUGUGGUGUCUUUGGAGUUUCCAGCGAUGAGUAUUUGAAUUAUGCUUUGAAGAAUCGGGCGGAAUGGGAGCUCAAGGGUGAGGCUGCAGUUAAAGAGAUGCUCCAAGAAUGCCGUGAAAAGUAUGGCGAGAAAGGAAACCUGAAGCUCCAGCGAGGUCUGCUGUUGCCAGGCAGUCAACACGACACCAAUCUGAUAGAUGUCUAA